AUUUUGAUGAUAAAUUUGAAAACCCUCGUUCAAUUUCAGGCUGCUCCACGGACCACAAGGAUACUAGGAAGACAACAAUGGAGUCCGCCCAGAAAUGAACAGUUUCUUCUCUAAGCAACGCUUCAUUAAGCAGAAUUUUCGCUCCAUUUCCUUACCUUUCCCCCCUCUCUCUUCUCAAACAAAAUCACACCCAACAAGACACAAGUCGCUCAAGGGCCAGAGAGUCUUGGACCUCGUUUCUCCGAAAUCAAAUUUUACUAGAAAUGGUCGCCAAUCUCAUCUUCGGCUCAUUCAAGACAUUUUGCCAUCGAAUUCAAACGACCCUGAUGAACACGUUGGACCCUUCAUUUGUUAUUCCCACGGGGAAGGGUUGAGAGCUGACCCAAGUGUUUUAUCACACGCUCUGAGUUCCCGUGGCUGUGUAAGAACUGCAUCAGUUGGAAUUCAACUUCACUGCUUGGUAAUUAAAACUGGGUACUUGAGCAAUGUUUAUGUUGGCAGUUCUUUGAUCAGUUUUUACUGUAAAUGCAGUGAUCUAAGGUAUGCGUACCAAGCGUUUGAUGAAAUGCCAAUGAGAAAUGUAGUGUCAUGGACGACAAUCAUUGCCGGGUUUGCACAAGAGUGGCAAGUUGAUGUGUGUUUGGAGCUUUACCAUUGGAUGAGAUACUCAACUGUGAAUCCCAAUGAUUUUACACUAACUAGUGUUUUGAGUGCUUGCACGGGUAGUGGGUGUCUUGGAAAGGGGAAGAGUGCUCAUUGUCAAGCGAUCCAAAUGGGUUUCGAUGCGUAUGUGCAUGUUUCCAAUGCUCUCAUCUCAUUGUAUUUCAAGUGCGGGGAUGAAAAUGAAGCGGCAUAUAUCUUUGAAAACAUGUGCAUUAAAGAUCUUGUGUCAUGGAACUCUAUGAUUGCUGGCUAUGCUCAGCAUGGGUUUUCGUCGCAAGCAAUUGAUCUUUUCGAAGAAAUGAGAAAGAAGAAAGUGAAACCCGAUGCCAUCACUUUCCUCGGGGUUCUCUCUUCAUGUCGCCAUGCGGGUCUUGUUGAACAAGGCCAGUUUUAUUUCAACUCAAUGGUCGAAUAUGGUUUGGAGCCAGAAGUAGACCAUUACUCAUGCAUUGUGGAUCUUCUUGGUCGAGCCGGGGAUUUAGAAAAGGCUCGGGGUUUGAUAAAAAAUAUGCCUAUUGAUCCCAAUGGGAUUAUAUGGGGCUCACUUCUUUCUUCGUCAAGGCUUCAUGGAAAUGUUUGGAUUGGAAUUGAGGCUGGAGAGAGAAGGCUUGAGCUUGAACCAGAGUGUGCUGCUACUCACCUGCAGUUGGUGAACUUAUAUGCCAGUUUUGGUUUCUGGGACCAGGUAGCAAGGGUACGGAAAUUGAUGAAAGAUAAAGGGUUGAAAACAGAUCCUGGGCAUAGCUGGAUUGAAAUCAGGAACAAGGUGUAUCGAUUUGGAGCAGAAGAUAGUUUAAAUUCCAAAACAGAUGAGGUCCUGGCUGUGGUGAAUUGUUUGGUAGAUCAAAUAAGAGAUUCAGUUUGAUUCUGUGGUCUCACCAGUUUCAUUUAAUCUCCCAGAGUUUUAUGAUUCUAUUAUACCAGACCUGGGCUUUCACAUUUUAUCAUUUGUGUUCUUUUGUCCAUGAUACUAGAGUUCGAUUAAGUAAUAAGAAAACUGAAUGGCUCCAACAGGGUAGGGACGAGUGGAUGACCAUUUUGAGAAGAAGAGAGAAUUCUAAAAAAGUUGGUGUUCCUUACUAUCAGCCUAUAAGAAGCAUUCCAAAUGCUACAAAAGGGGAACAUGUGGUUGCAGUUUGGCCUUCUUGGCCUGUUACAGUAGCUGGCGAAGCUAUCAGGGGACGGAUACUGUAGAGAUUUGAUACUUUUGGAAAGUUAGAUAAGGUAACUUUCCUCCUUUUUAAAUUUAAUAAUGGUUGACUUGCAUUUCAUUUUUUGUACCAGAUUAGAAAAUGGUUGACUUGUAUUUAGGUUUGACUGUGAGAGAAGGAAAAUUGUUAUUUCAGGUUACUAUAUAUUCCUGAAAGUUGCAUAUAUUAGUAGAAUCUUCAUUUUGAUUAUUGAUUGCUUGUUGCUUAAAUUAGUCACGAAAUACAAAUUAUCCUAUUUAAAAUUUCAGUUAGUAAUUUCCAUAGUCUGGGUACCUGUUUAUUUUCAAGCCUUGAUAUUCUGUUCUGUCUUAAAAUAUGCCAAUGGUUCAAAGUUG